UCUUUAUCAUGAGAACAAGAAAAAACAAAAUGCUGGACGAAGAAGUGAUUUGUAUGAACGCAAUAAAUCACAACAUAAAAAUGAUUCAUCAAAUUAGAAAAAUAAACAGCAAAAAUGUAAACAAAAGUGUUACUACUCAUUAAGGGACAAUUAGGGGUGCGUAACCGUUUCUAUGGAGAGUUACGAUACUGUGCUUGAGGAGGGACGGGAAGAGCUGACGCUUGAUAGACCACCGCCUGCCGUUGUUGAUUUGGGAGCACCUGCAAUUAAUUCCCUAUUAACUGAAGAUAAUGAUAUAAUUCAUACCGAAGUUGACAAGAAAUUAGUAAAAAAUUGUGAUAUUGGUGUUAAUGAAAAUCAAUUAAUUAAUCAUAAAGUUACAGAACUUGAAGAACCAGUGUUUUUUGACCCUUUAUUAAGCAGUGAGAAAAACGGUACUGAAGAAGUUGAAGCAUCAAAAGAAUUGGCAAUAGAUACACAUGUCAAUGAAUUAGAUAUGGGUAAUAAAAAUCCAGAGCAGAUUAUUUCAACAUCUGUUAAUUUAGUUUCAAGUAGUGGCAUUCAAAAAGAAAAAAACACUCAGGAAAUGAAAAAGCAGGUUUUCAGAAGGAAUAGGUAUGCACAUGGAUUAAAACAACCAUUAAUAUCAUGCUUGAAGUUUGCAGAAAAAAACACACAGAAAAAGGACAAAAAGUCUGUACAUUUUCCUAAUGGUCCAGAUUGCAUUACAGAAUUUAUAGCUCCUGUAGAUCCUUGGAGGGAUGUUCGAACACCUUCAAAGGGGGAAGUAAUUUCAUUCUACAGAAAUGCUUGUCAAAAGUUACGGUGUAAACCAAUAGAAAAAGUUAUUAAGCAAAUCCAGGAUAUACCAGACUUAUCAUGUCGAUCUGGGACGUUAGUUUUAAGAGGAACAAGACUAGAUCUGAAGUCAUGUGAAGCCCUUGAAUCGAUUUUUAGAAGAAUUCAAUUUGAAAAUUUGGACUUAGAAAAUUGCAGUUUGGAAGAAGAUGGAGCUACAUCCAUCCUCGAAAUGGUUGAAUUUUAUCAAUCAACAUGUAAAAUAAAUAUUGCCUGCAAUCCAAAAAUUGGCAUGCGGGGCUGGCAGGCAUUAUGCCGAAUGUUACGUAAAACACAUAUUUUGACAUAUCUUGAUGCCAGAAGGACUUUACUUACCGAUAUGACCAUGCCGACUUUUGGCAGGUGUUUAAAGGCUGACCCGCGCCUCAAGAUAUUACAUUUAGAAGGAGUAUUUUUAUCUGGACGGCCUUUGCUUAUUCUAACAACUGCAAUGAAGUACAACAAAGUAUUAGAAGAACUUUAUCUUGGAGACAACGACCUCUCAUCAACUGAUGGUCCUCCCAUUGGUGCAAUGUUAACUUACAAUACAACUCUGCAAUUAUUAGAUUUACGAAACAACCAAAUGAAGGAUAUUGGGUUAGCUCAUAUAGGGAAUGGAUUGUCUGAUCAAGCAGAACAGUCUUCUGGCGGUCUUUGUUCUUUAAUCAUGUGGAACAAUGGACUAACGCACGAAGGGAUGGGUUACUUGUGCGAGGGUCUGGUACACACGUCUUCUUUGAAAGCUCUCAACCUUGGUCAAAAUCGCAUUGGGGAUUUAGGAUUACAGAAACUUAAAAGUGGUUUGAUAAAAAACAAAUCACUACGCAAAUUAGGAUUUCUUAAUACUAAACUUGGUAGUGAAGGUGCUGUUGCAUUAGCCGAAGUGCUUGCCGAUAGUCUUUCAAUAACAAGAAUAGAUAUUCGUGAAAACAACAUACAAACUGCUGGUCUGAUGGCGUUUUCAAUGGCUUUAAAAGUAAACCAUUCACUGCUGAGGUUGGAUUUAGAUAAAGACAUCAAGAAGGAACCGGGCAUGGAAGCUGUUAUGCAGACAGUCCUGGUCGAUAUUUACAAUUUUUGUCACCGAAACAAAAAGCUCGUUCAUCAAAGCCUUUCAGCCUCCCUAUCGUCCAUAAGCAGCGAUUGCACGACUGUUUCCUCAUCCAGUGAAAUUAGCGAUGCUAUUUCGGGCGAUGACGUUUUUCAUCCAGAGACUUCGAAACAAGACAUUACUCCGUUUAGCCCUGGCGAACGUACUUCCGUGGAUGGUGAGGAACCAGGAAAGGAGCAAUUUCAGUUUGAAAAGGAGCUACCAAUAAAGACGAUGGAAGAGACAACAACCAGUAGCGACAACACAACAACGGAAUCGUUGGGCAAGUCCGUCGCAUCUGUUUUCGAAGCCAAGCGUGGAAGAUCACAAUCCGAUCCUGGCAGAAAAAAUCCGGAUCCGGUUGUAGGGAAGCGCACCUCAAGAUUUUCUGUGACUAAAAUUCUCGAUACAUUGACUUCCGGUGUAGCUAAUAAAAUUGCAACCAAUGUCGCAAGUAUCGAUCAUAAAUUAAAAAAACAGAUUUCAAAAGAAAAGAAUGACGUAGUUGCUAAGCCGGCUGAACUAGUAGCAAUAGUGGAACAAGUAGAAACCAGUGCUCCGAUAGUAAAACAUGUAGAAACCAGUGCUACCAUAGUGGAACAAGUAGAAACCAAAGCUGUUGCGAUUAAACCGGCUGACGACAAUAAAACGAAUAGCGAAAUUAAUGAAACGCCUGAAACUACUGAACAUUCCGAUAACGAAGAAUUUAGUUUUAUAGAAAAAUUUGACGAAGCAAAUCACGAGACAAUGUCCUCAACUGAUGCGAAACCUUCGACUAAUAUGGAAUCGAAUUUCGACAACGACGCGACUGAUGACGUAGCAAAACAUGUAGAAGGCGUGACGGACUCAAAUGUAAUUGACAGUGACUCUUCUUCUCCUGUUGUCUCUUCAAAUAGUUUUCCCUCUUCUGUAACUGCGGAAGACUCGUCACAUUCCCAUGCUGACGAACUAUCCAGUGAAGUUGUUUGCAAUACAUCUGCUGAAAUACUAGAGAACAAUGUUGAUAUAAAAUGUACCAGCGCUACUAGUGAGUCGAGUGAUAAAACAUUAUCUAAAGCAGAACCCUCCUACUCCUACACAGAGAGGAAUGACGAAGGGUCAGUGAAUACGCGCGAGGAUAUGGAUGAAUUGUAUUCAGAAGACAAUUCAACAGGUGAAACGACUACUAGCUUUUCCGAACUUUCAAGUGUUUCCACUGAAGAUUACUGUGCACCGAUAUUGAUGAAUCAACCAAUUGCUGUCAACCUGCCUUCAUGACGCGAUGUGAAGAAACUAGGCUACAUGUGUUGUUCAGGAUCAAACGGAGUCGUUUCUUUGAUAUUUUCUUGUUAAAAUGAUUUUAUAUAUUUAUUAUAUGCGCCAAUAAAUUUCAACAAAGGUCCGACGAUACCCGUUUUUAAUAUCAUGCUUUAGUGAGUAAUCUAGUACACGCGCGAGGAACUAAAAUUCAAAACAUUUGCUUCAAGAAUGCAUUGGAUUAUUUUAUAUUGAAAUAGUAAAUGGUGAACGGCUUGGUAGGGAUAAAUAAAAAGUCAAAAAGUUACAAAUUCUUCAGAGCUUGAUCUAGAUUUUUGCUAUUUUGCGAGCGACAUCAAAAUUUCACGUUCUGAUUUGACAAUAAAUAAGCAUCCUCCUUGCUCCGUUGUCACAUUUACUACGUAAGACAUGAAUCGAUGAUCGGUGGCCGCACUUACUUUGAAGUUUCUUUAAAUUUACAAAGAUUAUUGAUUUGCUGUCGUUAUCUAUAAAUAUAUCAUUAAUGUAUGCAUGUUUUUAUGUUCCUUUAAUAAUUAUCCACUCAUAAAUUAUACUGUUUGAAAAUUUAAACUGUUCUUUCAUUUUGUAUGAAGUUUGUUCAGUCUAGAAUGUUGUAUAACGUUUUUGUUAUCACAUGACCGCACUGAUUUUAUGUGUUUCCUCGCCCGUCCGGCUGUAAUGUAUGUGCACCAAUCAUGCGCUUGAUGCGCGACUCCAUUACUCUGCAUUCCUAAAAAACAAUUUUCUUAUCAGUCACUUGUCGCAUGAAAUUUUUCAAUCUUAUUUUGGUAAUUUAUUCCUUCUCAAGCUACAACUGAAUUUGCACUGAAGUACGAAACUGAUUGAACUGUUGUGAGUCCUCGGAUCUGCUUUGUUGACAAAAUUUUCCCGCUUAGAUCUGAUUCAAACUAAAAGUUGAAAUUAUUUUUCAAACAAUAAUUAGCUGAAUAACAAAUAAAAUUUUAUUCUUGUAAAAAAUUUUAUUCUUAUUCCGUUCAGCUCCAUUUUGUUGCUGAGUUAAAAAAAAAGCUUAACGACAAUUUGAACUCUUAAUAUCUUCACCUGCAUUAACUUCGUUUCCAUUCCCAUGGCGUUUCUUACAUUUGCUGAAUGGGCAUGGGGACGAGUUAAAUAAUGCGUAAAACCGUGCUCGUCAUUUUUUUCCUUAUUAUUGUAAGAAAUAUAUAUUUUGUAUUCCAACUCGAACCCAAAUCUCCUUGUUUUUUUUUGUUUACGAAAACAAAAGGGCGUGGGUUCGAGGUGUUUGUACUCUGAACUAGUAUAGUGUAAUAUUCGUGUUUGUUUGAAUUGUAAAUAAAUACUCGCCGACGAGUUUGGACGUCAAAUUAUUUUUUAACGGCGUAGUUAUUGUUGGUAGUUCUGAUUAAUGGAAAAUAAUGGAGA